CUUGCGUGCUUUAAAUCGGUGCCGGGUUCCAUCCAUCUCAGUCGCUGGUAAUCGUAUCACACAACAUGUGGCAUGAUUCUUGUCAUCAAUUGUAGCCCGUUUCUGGCUACACCAAAUACGCAACCCGAACUCGAUCAAAUGCACAUGGGGGGGAAAGACCAGACCACCCAGGACGCAUUGCGUCCACAGGUGUGUACUUCUCUCCCUCCCCUCCCCUCUGCUCCCCCCCUCAGCAAAAGAGCAAGCCCAAAGAGUUCUGCCCCACCACCCACCAUUCAAAUAACAAACAUAUAUAGCUGUGCACACGAAAACACCCAGUCCAGACCGGGCCCUUUCAGCCCGUCGGCCUGUUUGUUCACCUCACCUAUGCCGGCCGGCCACAACCCCCACCAGAAAACGGCUCGCCACGGCCAGCGAGACACCGACAUUUCCUCCCUUCCUCCUUGCGAUGACUUUUCGCAUAGCAUAUACACACCUCCCUCCCUAUCCACACGGAAACACGCGUAUCCACACACACACACAUAGAGAAAAAAGCCAGAGCAUGCCAUGCCAUGCGCAGGAGACGACAGAAAAACUCUGACUCGUUGCAAACAUCCAUCGACGGCCUACCACCACCCCUCCCUAGCAGCAGCAGCCGGUGCCGUGCUCAGCGGCCUUCUCAAAGAAGGCCCUGACGUACCGCGUGGCCUCCUCUUCUUCGCACGCGUCGCCGCAAUCGAAAUCGUCCUCCUCCCCUGGUGCCUCUGCAUCGUCCUGCCUCUCUAGGUCCUCCUUGGUGGUGCCGGAGAUGCUGGGCAUGCUCGGCUGAGACAGGAAGGAACCCUGCUGGUUGGGCAGCGCCAUUGGGGGCGAGGUGCUGCAACCGUCGCCGAGGUCGCUCUCGAUCGCUGAUGCGGACUUUUUCGCCGGGAGAUGGGUGUCAGAGUUGGGAGUGCCGUUCUUAGUCAUCUUGUAUGUGCCCACACGGCCAUCCUCGUCCUCACAGAUGAACCUGCACCACUCGCACGGCACGUGCAUCUGUAUGUGCGGGGCAGACAGUGCCUCUUCGUGCACUUCACUCCCCACCUGUGGUCGUGUUUGUAUUUGCCCUGUGCGAUCCAGAUGGCGACCUCGAGUACGAUCCACGCCACCAGACAUGCGAUGAGAAUCCCCACGAUAAUGGCCAGCCAAUCGGAGGCGUCCAGGUCAGGAGCCGAUAGCCAAUUGGACAGCUGGACCUGCGAGCACAUUUCCAAGAGGUGACAGGGCAGGUGAGAGUCUCUGUUUCUGUGGCUGACCCGCAGAGCCCAGCUGGUCAUGACAAUCAGCCAGACGAAAGGAGCGAAGUACGUCAGGGCUUUCCAUGGGGAUGAUGUCAGCCGCAACAGAUAAACACUUAUCUGCACACACAUGGACGAGCCAUUCGUCAGAUCCUGCCGAUAUCAUCCCUGUCCAUGUCCCAUCGCUCACCGUGAGAAGGUUGAGAGCGGCCACCAUCUGGUUGGUGGCGCCAAACAGCUGCCACAGCGAGUCGACCGUCCGGGAGUUGGCCAGGAAGAUCGCCGGCACAACAGCCAAGGUGCAGCCGACAAAGGGAUACCUAAGCGCCCGGGUGAGCACCCUCACUGGCCUCUUCCACAUCGCCACGGGCCCAUCGGUGGCUUGCUCCACGUGAACAACUCGGUCGAUCAUGUCGCCCACUUCAGCGAUCAGCAUGCGCUGGAUGCGUGUGCACGUGUCGAGUGUGGUUGACGCGAACGAGACGACCAUGACGACCACGACCGCCCGCGAUGCGGCCACGGGAAUGCCCAGAGACGCCAUCAGUGCCCCGCCACCUCGGAUAAAGUUGCUCAGGCCCGUCCCCGACGCAUCCUUCCACGUGGCGUAAGCAUCGCUGUACGUCACCUGGCAGGGAAAGGGGCAUGAGUGUGGCGGCAGGCAGACAGCAUGAAAGAGAAGGACCCCGGAGACAUCCGUGGUGUCUCGAUUGAAAUUCACUGACCAUUGUUGCACAGAUGGUGGUCACGAGCGCUGCAAGGGCCCCUUCGCCGAGCAUGCCACCGUAGCCGAUGGGGCGGGCGUGAGUUAUCGACGAUAAUUGCUUGGAGGUCACUCUGAGACACGCAUACAGACAGGUAACCACUCCAGCAUAAUGCGUGUGUGUGGGUCUCUUGCUCACAUUGAUCCGAUGAGCCCAUGUGCACCGCUGACGGCCCCACAGGCAAUGGUGACGAACAACAUGGGGAAUAGAGGGUCGCCCUCUCCACCACCCAGCGACGCCUCAGUGGCUUUGGUCUCGGCCGACCGCACUAUGUCGGCAUUGAUACUUGGACUGACGACCAACAAGCCGAUGAAGAGGCCCAACCUGACGACACACAGACCAAAGAGACGUGGAUGGCUGUGCACAUCUUGAGGUCUCCUACAUGCAGGUUUCCAGCUGUAGGGCAUUGAUGGCGUCUCUAGAUUGCACCAGCAGCCAGACGGGCAGCAGGCUGCUGAAGAAGAUGAUAACCCCAAUAACGAUUGUCCACACCUGCUGCCCGCCGAAAUCGCAGCCCUCCUCCAUCACUGCGUUUCGACAAAUCGACCCCCGCAUCACUUGGAAGGGGUGAUCGAACCUGACACCACAAGCGCACAGGCCCGUCGAUGCAUCCCACUCUCUCGGUUGGUCGAGGCUUACCUUUCAUCGAUGGCGACUCCCAGCCAGAUGAGCACAUAGAGUGCCACAAGGGCGAUCACCGACGGCCAGAAGAUGCCCACCUGCUGCUUCCUAUAUCUCCAGAGCGCCCCCACGGCCACUGCCACAAGAAUCUGUCCGUUGACGGGCAGAACGGUCUCGGGGAAGUCGAUCCACAGCUUGGCUAUCACGUUGACGAACACCGCUAUCACUUGCCAGGUGAAGAAGGAUAGCAGGCACAAGAACAGAAUGCCGCAUCGGGGGGACAGAAUGAUGCCGCACAUGUCACCAAUGGAACGGCCUGUCACCAAUAAGAUGUACUCCGUGUCUGGGGUGGCUUAUUGCGCUAAUCGGUACCUUUGUUUCUUGCGGCAAGGACGAGUGCGCCGAAGUCAUGGACAGCUCCAGCGAAGAUGACCCCUCCGACAAUCCAGAUGAGGCAGGGCAGCCAGCCGUAGUACAUCGCUAUCGACGGGCCCACAAUGGGAGCCGCACCAGCUGCAUCGCCAAGACACACACAGACAUCCUCACGCAGCCACGCUGUUCGCUGCUCACUUGGCUCACUCACCGAUUGAGGUGAAAUGGUGUCCGAACAGCAGGAACGGGUCGGACGCAUGGUAGUCGAUAUUGCCCUGGUGCGCCGGGUCCUUGCUGGGCACCGGCUCACUCGGCCUGAUCCCAAAGACCUUUCUCGCCAGGAACUUUGAAUAGAGCAGCUCCCCCACCACCAGCAGGGCCGCCAGAGUGAAGGUGAAGAGCAGCACCCCGCCAGACGAUGUGGCCAGGCCCGCGAUGGCGCACGCAGCCAGGAAGGUCCCCAUGGCGGCAUAAACCAUGUUCGGGCCCGUCAUCAGCCGACGCACCAAGCCCUUGACACCGUCGGCAGACUCCAUCGUGUACAAAGAGCUGAGAGAGGCUGAGAUAACGGCUGCCUCUGAAGUGCUGCCAAGUGCGAGAGUCGGCGGUCAGGUGCUGCUCGUCAUUGCUUUCCUCCUUGGCGUUGGC